UUACGUGAAAGCAGAAGAUUGGAAGAUAGCCGGCAAGAGUCUUGAGCAGAAAGAAUUUGUGCAGUUGGAUAUCGAUAUCAAUCGCGUCGUAUUUGAUCAUCACUGGCUAUUCAGUAAAGAGGAUACGAUCUGUAGCGUUAUACGAAAUCUGCAUUCAACUCAAACGUUGAGAGCCGAAGAAUCGCUAGUGUUGCUCAAAAGUUUAAUUAAUGAAAAACAACAUGCGCAACGAGCUGAUCCAUCUGAUACGGAACAGCAAACAAGAAUUAAAGCAAACGUUGCCGAUCUGGUGGAUGAUCUGGAAGAGAAGCAAAGCAAUUACAUUCGACUAGGACAAUUGAUUGAUGAAAAUUGGCAUCGAUUGCGCUUCCUCAGACAUGAGCAGGGAUUUUCUUCCACGACUCUCACCGUUCAGAAAACAAUUUCUACUGCGCAAGAAAUGGCUGAUUUAAAUUUAUCGAAUCUCUCCGAACAUCUUCAAGAAUUCACUCGAAUACCUGUUUAUACAUUGUUAGAAACGAAUCCUCUGACUGAAGAAAGACCAAAAGAAGAAAUGCAACGUUUGGCACUAAUAAAUAAGUGCCAUAUUCAAAUGUUAAUUCACUUCAACGACAUCCUUGUUUGCAAAACAAAAUUCCGAGCGAUCGAUGCGAACUUUUCCGCUGUUUUUGGACAAAUCUAUAACUUACAGAUUCAUGAGAUUCCGCAGUCAGUCACAGUUACUUUCAUUGAAAAAGCACCACGAAUAGAUUCGAGGAUUCUUGCAAAAGUUGGAUUACCGCUACCGGAUGAAGAUAAAAUAACCAGUGCGGAUGCACCACUGGAAAGUAUUCAAUUUGCUAGUGAUCUAGUUAUUGACAGGAUGUUUUCGGCUGUUGGUAGUGGUGCACAAUCACCGUGCAUUGCUGGUAAACUAUUCUGCAAUGUAUCAUGGGCACAACGCGGUAUUCGCACGAGUAAAGCUGCGAACAUUCGAGGUUUGUUUAAACUGAACCAACAACAUCAACAACAACACGAUGCGCAUUUCGACUUGAUACCGAAAGCAGUUCGACUGUGCACUGAUGAGGAAUUUGAAUCAGAUUUGAGGUUAGAGGUAUUGAAGCAACGAAGUGAAAGAAAACUUGCAAAAAACAGGAAUACAGAACGCGUUCCAUUGAUGUCUUCUGAAAUUGAUCCUCAGAUUAUGUCGAAGAAUCAAGAAAAAUUGGAUGAUCAGUUCGACUUCACUAGUGGUAUUGAAGCGCAUCGAAUUACCGGCAGCCAGUAUGCAGCCAAAAUAAGGAGGCAACUUCUUGACCGUUUUGCAAACGAAGAACGAAUCCAAAGUAUGAGCGAGAUCGUUCGUGAAGAACCGAUACCGACAAUAUUCAGCGCAUUUGGUGCACUAUUUGCACCGAUGGAUACAUCGCGAAAAUUGAAACCGAUGAGGCGAGUAGAUGCGGGACAACAGUUUAUUCCUGGAAUUCGUUAUCGAAUUGCUGUGAACAUUCAAUCUGCAGUGAAUCUUUCUGAGCGACUCAAUGGUGGCUUGCAUCCUCUCGUUGAAGCAUCAUUUCAGCGAAUGCGAGAACUGGAGAAGGACUUCAAAUCAAUCGUUGAUUCACUGGAACUGAAUAUCUACGAUCAGAUCGUGAGCAAGUUGUACAGCGAUGAUCGUGAACCAAACUCUCUUCAUGAGCAACUCGAAAAGCAUUUGAUUGGCUCUGCAAGAAUUCCUUUCUCUGCACUUCUUUGCAACUCUAAAAUUGAUGGCUAUCUUCGCAUUCAGAAACCACUCUUUUUAUCGUCCUACAAGUUUGUUUGUCGAUUCAUUUAUAAUUUAAUCACUGCCGAAAACUUAAUUUCAUAA